CCCUUACAUGGAGAAAGACUACAAUAUCGGUUAUGCGGUCGUAUCUCUGAUCUUCGUUACCAAUGCCUUGGGCUUCAUACUCGCAGCCUUGAUUACACAUCCACUAGAAAUGAAGCUUGGUCGCGCCAAGUGUUAUGCUCUGUCCAUGAGCCUGUUAGUGGCCGGAUUCGUGAUCAUCAUCUGCAAACCUCCAUUUCCCGCGGUCGUUGCAAGUUUCUUUCUUCUUGGUUUGGGGAUGGCCGUCUGCCUGGCUCUGAACAAUGUUUACUGCGCGAACCUCGCCAACAGUACCGCGGCUUUGGGUGGUCUUCAUGGGUCCUAUGGAGUCGGGGGCGUCGUGGGACCGCUUGUGGCAACUGCUAUGGCAUCACAUGGAGUUCGCUGGUCCCUUUUCUACUGUAUCAACCUCGCGCUGUCGUUGUUCAACCUGGCCUUUGCGGUAUGGUCGUUCGCGAAUUACGAGAAAGAGCUUCCAGCACAGCUUCUGGGCGCGUUACAGCAGACCGCAUCCCGGCAAGCAAACGGUGGCGAGUCAAGAAGUCGAAGCCGUCUUCUCAAGCAAGUGGUCAAGGACAAGACCACCCUGCUCGGGGCUCUGUUCAUAUUUGCCUAUCAGGGCGCCGAGGUCUCAAUCUCUGGAUGGGUGGUGUCGUUCCUCAUCAGCUAUCGCCAUGGAGACCCGUCCCACGUCGGUUAUGUUAGUGCCGGCUUCUGGGCUGGGAUUACGCUCGGUCGCUUCUUCUUAUCGCAUCCUGCCCACUUUAUCGGAGAAAAGCUUUCUGUCAUUCUCCUUGUGAUCGGAUCCAUCGCAUUUCAGCUUAUGACCUGGCUCAUUCCCAACAUCAUCGGGGAUGCCGUCGCUGUCGCGAUCGUGGGUCUCCUCCUAGGCCCCGUUUACCCUUGCGCCACUGCGGUAUUCAGCAAGCUGCUGCCCCGGUCGAUGCAGACGUCGAGCGUGCUGCAUCCGAUCUGCGUUGGAUUGUAUGGAGUGAUGCUUGUGGCCUGGGCAUCUCUGCCGCGUGUCGCAAAGAGGUCGGAGUGAUUCCUCUUUCCAGGUUGUUAUCCACCCCUAUGCUUUACAAGGGCGUGUUGUGCUGCGACUUGAACUCUCGUAGUGGUGUUAUCGGGUCAAGGUGGAACGCGGGGUGGCAGAUGACCUUUGCAAUACAGUUGUGGAGUAUCAGCAGAGCUGACGCAAGCAAGGGGAGCGACCUCUCCCGCCCGCAAGAUCAUUAGUGUAGUGUCAUGAACCCGAUUUACCCCUUCCUACUGUAUCGCUGCUGGAUUUCGGUGGGAUUAGCCUUCUCCGUAGGAAGUGAUGUCAACAACAUAUGCAUGCUAAAGUAUCCACAGGGGUGGCUAGGACGUGGUGCGUGUGUUGUGUUUUAUUUCUUUGGGUAAUGCGGAUAGAUGGAAUGAAAAGAUGAGUCGCAAGAGUCAUUGUAUGGGUAGGAAGGUGGGUGAUCUUGU